AACGUCGGGCCAACUCUCGCUCAGCUUGACUGACACUCCGCGAACCCUCCUCCCACACCCUCCCGUCAAUUGGAUCCAGAACGUCUCCCUCGGGAACCAUCCACCAUGUCCGCUCCUUCUCUCACCAGCUACAUCGUCAAGCGCCCCUGGCUCAAGCGCUGGAUGACGCCGAUUGCCAAUUGGUACACCGACGCUGCCGGCUACCGGAAACUCGGGUUGAGGGUCGAUGACUUGAUCCCCGAGGAGAGCGAGACCGUCCAGACCGCCCUCAAGCGUCUUCCUCCCAAGGAGGCCUACGACCGUGUUUUCCGUAUCCGCAGAGCUUUCCAGUGCUCUGUCUCUCACACCCUUCUUCCCGCUGCUGAGCAGACCAAGCCGAGUGAGGACGUCGAAUACCUGAGCCCCAUCAUCCGCGAAAUCGAGAAGGAGCAGAAGGAGCGUGCCGACCUCGACAACCUCGUCGUCAAGCGGUAA